CACAUGGCCCUACCUUCUUGACAUUUUCAUAUUCCACAACCCUCUCUACUUAUAGAGCCACUCCUCCUAUGUAAUCCUGUGUCCAUUCACCCCUUCAUUUCAGAUCCUUUCUUUCGUCCAUUCCUUCCCUACCUUCUACCUUACGCUAUUCCUUGCUGCAAAAUUUUCCUUCUGCAAUUCCCAGUAUUGCACCAUCUUCUUCAAUACUCUUCAUCAUUCAUUUUCUUUCUGUUGGGUCAGUUUCUGUCACUGAGGACUUGAAACUAUGCUCAAGAAUAAUCCUGUAACGAUGGCUACCAUAACUGCAAACAGCAGCCUCCAUCAGAUUAGAACUUCCACUUCUGAGAACAGAAACAACCACCCACGUGAUGCUUUCGUCCCUUCAUACUUGAACAGCAAUGAAGAGAAAGUAGUUGCAGAGUCAGGGAGGAAUGUUCGUCGUAGUUCCUUUAACACCAAUAGGGGGGAGACUCUUCAUCUUCAAGUUGCAGAAAAGAAGGAAGAAGAUGGAGAUAUUGGAGUCUUUGAAGCUCAUAAGUACUUCAAUGGAGGAAUGGAUCGUGAGAGUCCUGGAGUUGCUACUAACGUGGCUGCAAGGCAGUGCCACUAUCAUAAAGAUGAAGAACGCAAAGCUCUAGAAACCCGAAAUCUCAAUAAAUCCCACUAUGGAACUCCAAGCGUUCGAUCUGAAUCAAGUUGGAACAGCCAAAGUAAACUGUUACCGAGGGUUCAGAGGAACUCUUCCAGAAACAGGAACAGCAAGAUGCAGAGGAAGAAUUUCCUAGCUGGUCUUGGCUGCAAAUGCUCAUGUGCUGAUAAUAAUUCUGUUGAUAUCAGUGAUCAUAGCCAUAAUCCUACUUAUGGUGUUGUUCACGGAAAAGGACCUCACAGAAACCUUUCUAACACUGGCUUAGAUGCUGAUUACUCAGCUAAAACAAACAAGCCUCGGGAAGAACUGUUAUGCAAUAAAGAUGUUUGCUUCAAAAAGCCAGAUUCAGCAUUGCCAGCAGUGAAUUCUGGGCUAGAAAAUCAACUGGUGAAUUUGAAACUUCAGCAGAAGGAAGAAGAGAAGCCAAGGAAAUCAUUGGAGGUGUUUGGUUCCCCAAUAUUGAAUAACAGAAGAUCUUUGACCUUUGAUAAGAGGCUUACAAUGCCCUCUUGGGAUGCUGCGGCAGCGCCUAAAGUGGAAGAAAUCGACAUUUUUUCAGGAAACUACAAUGAUACUGAGAGUGAUGCAAGUUCAGAUUUGUUUGAGAUUGACAGCCUCACAGGUAAAACCAACCACUUCCUUAAUAGACAAACGUCAGAAGUUGCCUCUGGUUGUGCCUCCCCUACAACUUGUUAUGCACCAAGUGAGGCAAGCAUAGAAUGGAGUGUGGCCACUGCUAGUGCUGCAGAUUACUCUGUCUUGUCAGACGGUGAAGAACAAAGUGCAGUAGCAACCAUACCGACAAAAGCUGCAUAUACAUCAUCGGCUGGAACAACAAAAGCCAGCCGAGAGAUACAAAGACAGAGGAGACAUUCUAGUACGUUCUUGGGCUGCAAGAGUUACAAGGCUGUGAAGGUGGCUGGGGAUGCCUUCAUAACCUAUGAGAAACCUAAUCAUAGCCCACUAGUUCGUCGGAGGUCGGAUACCUUGGCUCAGGUAACAAGGUUUAAGGCAGAUCCAAAGAUGGGGAAUUUUGGUGCAAUUCAUGGGCAACAUGCUUAUGGCAGACCCCCACUUCAACGUUCGUACUCAACACACGUUUCUCAACCCCUGUACAUUUAGCAGUAGUUCGAAUUUACCUGAAGUUUGGACUCAGUUUGUGUCUCUGAGUUUCAAAUCUAUUUACCAAAAUAAUUAUUGGCUCUCGGCCCAGGUGUCUCAUGUAUCUUCCUCUUAAAACCUUGUAAUAUUAUUUUGUUUGCAACGAUAUAUAUUUAUUGCCCAUCAGUAUUUGCUGUAUCUGGCUUACAAACAAGAUGAAGUGAAUCAUUUUGGAAGGAUGCAUAUGGACUCAUAUUACCAUAGAGAAGGUGUGAAAUGGAACCUCGUAUUGUCCAAGC